ACCGGAUUUAUCCUCGUGCUAGCCCCGCCCGAAGCCCACACCUCAACCACUUCGAGGAUACCAGAACGAUGGGGGGGAUUGCUAUUGCUGCCUCAUCAUCACAUCGACCAGGCGGCGAUGACGCAACGAACUCUAAGACUGGGAAUCGCCGCAGCCACGCAGCCACGCAGCAUGCAUCGGAAGAGUAGGGUGACGGAGCGGAUAGGAAGAUGGAGGGGUAGAGGGCGGGCCAGCUGUGUUCAUCCAGGGACGACAAAGGCACCCUUGGGGUGGAGUCGUCGUAGAAGAGAAAAAGUCGCUCCAAAUCACGCGGCUGAUCGUGAGGAUGGGGCCGUGUUGGAUCGCCUGGUUGGGUCCGUUGACGUCCUCGCCAGCGAGGGGCUGGAGCGUUUACUCCUUGUUCGGCAAAUAAACGACGUCCCAGGUCCAGAUUGGUGGCGGCCAGGUACCAUAUGUUGUCGCUGAGCGUGGCACUGCCGCAGUGUGGGCGGGAUGUCGUAGCCCGACUGGGAGUCGUGCUGGCCCUCGCAGCGGUAGAUGCGCAUGCUGGCGGCGGUGUCACGGCUGGCGUCGUAGCGAAGGCUGGCGAGGAUACACGUCUUCAGCAGGAGCACGCGGCAAUGGCGAAGGGGCCGCUGCAGAAACGGGAACGGAAAGCUGGUAGCUGAAGGUGGUAGCUGAAGCUGGUAGUUAGUAGCAGGCUCGAGCCAGGGCGGCGACGCACAAAGAAGGCCGACGUCUGGCGACGAGGAGGAAGAUGGCCGUGCGGAUCACGGUUGAAAAGCAUGCAGUGACUUACGCUGGCGGCGAACGCGGACGGACUGCUGGGACGGCGGCGGCCAGCCGCAAGGAGUCACGCGACCUUCUGGCGACGGCCGCGGGAGGUCGCUGUGCUACCACUGCGGUUGCCUGCGUGGCGGAGCGAAACCUUGGCCCCCAGCUGCGCCGGCCGCUCGCGGCGGCCCGGAGAGGCGACUUGGGCGGGGCGUCGCGCCUCCAGCUCGGGGCGCCCCUCGGAGGGUGGCAGUGGCCGCUGCUGCGGGUUUGGCUGACCAAGUGUUCGACCAUUGCGCCGCUGCGGCCAGCGGAGCGGGUACUGCGGCCACCAUGCCAGGGGUCAGCUUCGCCUUCGAUGGACCAGGCUCUCUGGCGUCACUGGUGGCCAAAAGCGAAGAUGUGGAUCGGGCAGCUUCGCGGCAACGGCGCUCUUCUCCACGAACAUGGCGUACAGCGCCGUCGGGCCAACCUCGGGCUCGAAGUGCUCUCACUGCGCGAUGUAGGUCCAUCAUCGCCGUUGCUGCGACCCUAGGUAUCGUCGUUGACUCUACGGUCUGUAGCCGUUCCGAUGCCCAGCUGCCAACUUGCAAGAGUCGGUUCGUUGCUAGCGCGGCGUGAUACGGACGCACACCCCGAGAGCGCCUCGCUCGGGGGACCAGUGCCUUCAGAUCGAAAAUGGACUGCAGCCGCCUCCCAAGCCAGUGCAGUAAAGAUGAGUAGCUACUGGAAGCAAACCGCGGGCCAGCGGUGUCCAUGCGACUGCCAGGUGCC